AUGGAGGAGUAUUUCCAGAUAUCUGACAAGACAAGGACAUUAGAGCACCAGUAUACGGACCUUCUUACCAGAAAAUUGAGAAUGGAGACUGUGCUGGUUGAAGAGGACUAUAACGACCUUCUUGCAACGCACUUGGAGCUUGUUUCCAAGGCAAGGGACAGUGAGGACGACUAUAAGAGGCAGAUAAGUGACCUAAAAACAAUGGUUGAUAAGCUUAGCCAGGACAAUGCUGGCAAGGAAGACGACAUUAGAAAGCUAAUGGAGGAAAACAAAAAUCUAGUGAGUGUAGUUCAGAAUCUAGAGAGGAAGAAAAAAGAGGAAGGAGAACAAGAGGAAAAAAGUAAAGGGGGGAAGAAAGGUGACGGGUGUCUUAAGGAUGAGGGGCUUUGGGAGAUGGAAGGUUUCAAAAAAAUGGAUGAAAUACAUAGGAUUGCCAAAUCUGUAGAAGAUGAGCUGCGGAGCAACCUAAAUAGACUUCAAGAGGAGUGCAUUCGGUACAGAGGAGACACAGAAAAAAUGGCUUCUGAAAUAGAAAAACUAAAGCUUAAAAACAUUGAGAGCAUAGAGAAGAUAGAAGAAAUAAAAGAGAGCAGGGCAGACCUUGAGAACAAGCUGAAGAGGCUGGAAGAGGAAAACACCAGGCUUCUGAAGGAGAGUGUGUGCUUUGAUGAGCUUCGAAGGUCCAUAAGUGAGAAGGAUGAGAUUAUAUCUGCAUUGAAGGAAAACAUGAAGCAAAAGUCUGAGGUGAUUGAAAUGCAAAGAAAAAUGAUUGCAGAGGGCCCACGAGAGAGUAAGAUUAUCUUAAAUGAUGAUUUUUGUAAUAUAUUUGACGAAGGGGUUCUUAAAGCCGAAGAGGGUGGGGACGAAUUGGAGCUAGGGGACGAGUAUAAUACCAAGGGGUUGCCUUGGAACGAUGCUUCUGCCAAGCCAAAGGCCGAGAAAAUGAAAUCAAAAGGCUCUGUAUCGAUAAGAAGAAAGGCAAGUGCUCCUAAAGUAGAGAAGGUUAGGAAGAUUCCAUCCAAGGUGGUGAAAUCCAUGGAAAAAACCAGGCCAGAUAUGGAUACUAGAAUGGAGGGCGGGAUAUUGGAUGGUAAAGAGACACCAAAGACUCCAGAAGCAUCCAAAAAAUUGCUCACGCCGGGAUAUCUUCUUAGGCCUGAAAACUCUUCAUACUUUGCAGAUCUAACAUUCAAUAAUUCAAGCCCCAUGAUCAAGAAGGAUCAGUUACCUAAAAAGAAGUAG